AUGAUAUUACUCAAUUUCCUUAUAUUAUGCGCCUGCAUUUUAACUUGUGGAGCGCAAAACACUUCCGUGGACAAUUUGAUUGCAGAAAUUUUUAGAACCGGUGAUACACGUAGCUCAAUCGGACCAAUUACUUCAAAUGCAAAUCCAGGAUCAGUCCAAAUUGAAUCCUGUGGCUAUCAAAAAGAGUGUGUUCGCCGUUGGUUGUGUAAAAGUGGCACGAUUAACACCAAUGGAGAAGGUCUAAUUGAUAUUCGAAUCGGAUCUGGCUCACAAUGCAAAAACUAUAUGGACCUGUGCUGUGAUCUUUCAAACAAGAGCGUUGACCCUAUAUUCCCGAUUGCACCUGAUAAUCCCAAGGGCUGUGGUUACAAGAAUUCCAACGGCGUUGGCUUUAAAAUUAUUGGAGCUGUAAACCAGGAGGCCGAGUUUGGAGAAUUCCCUUGGAUGUUAGCAAUUCUCCGAGAAGAAGGACCACGUAACGUGUACGAAUGCGGAGGAGCUUUGAUAGCUCCGAAUGUGGUUUUGACUGCGGCUCAUUGUGCUCGCAACAAAGAACGGAGUUCUAUUGUUGUGAGAGCUGGGGAAUGGGACACGCAAAUAACGCAAGAAAUCAUUGGCCAUGAGGACCGACAUGUGAAGGAAAUAGUGUAUCAUGAACAGUUUAAUAAGGGAGCCCUUUACAACGACAUUGCUCUUAUGUUACUGGAAAGCCCAUUUUCCUCCAAACCAAACAUUCAACCAGUUUGUUUGCCCAAUGUGGGUGAGAACUUUGAUUUUGAUCGUUGUUAUGCAACCGGCUGGGGCAAAAACCAGUUUGGCAAGGACGGGGAAUACCAGGUAAUCCUGAAAAAGGUGGAUAUGCCCGUGGUGCCUGCACAACAGUGCCAGGCAAACCUGCGAGAAACUCGUCUCGGCAGGCACUUUAUUUUACACGACAGUUUCAUUUGCGCUGGCGGCGAAAAGGACAAGGAUACUUGCAAGGGAGACGGAGGUUCCCCCCUAGUAUGCCCAAUUAAGGGCCAGAAAGACCGAUUUGUGUCGGCCGGAAUUAUUUCCUGGGGAGUCCUCUGUGGCGAAGAAAACAUCCCCGGUUUGUAUGCCAACGUGGCCUAUCUUCGUCCGUGGAUUGACGCAAAAUUGCAAAAUUGGAAUAUUGAUCCCACCUAUUAUACACCCUAA